AUGCAACAACCUCAUCGUCCAGGAAAUCUUAAACAGAGCAAUAAAGCUCACAAAUCCCGUCAUAGAUCGAAACGAGGUAUAUCUGCUGCGGUAAAAGGCAAAGUAAACGUAAAAGAAUUUGUACGUCGUAAUCGACAUGUAUUAAAGAAACAAGAGCGUCGUCACCAAGCGAUGCAAAUACGUAAAAAUGAACGUGAAGAAGUAUUGGCCAAGAAGCGUGCUCUUGGCGGUAUUCGAACUCCUCCGUUCCUAGUUUGUGUGGUGCCGCUUAAUGCACAACUUGACGUGCAAUCUGCUUUAGUAAUUUUGAAGACUUGUUCUGAAACAGCUAUUGUUAGCCAAUCCGAAAAUGGCAUUUUGCAUAUUGGCUUACCAAACUUCAAGCAACGGUUUUCCUUUAUUUGCCCAGAAAUUGAUAAUGAAUUCAGUUUACUAGAUGCACUCAAAGUAGCUGAUACAGUACUGUUUAUUAGUUCGGCUCUUGAUGAACCAGUUGAUGAAUGGGGUGAGAAGGCCCUGGCUUUAACAAUGGCACAAGGCAUACCAACGCCUGUUGUCGUUGCUAUGGAUAUUGAAGGUGUUCAUCCUAAAAAACGAACAACCGAGAAACAAAAUGUUCAGAAGCUUAUUUCAAAGUGGUUACCAGAGGAAAAAGUUUUGCAGUUAGAUAAAAGUUCAGAUGGGUUGAAUGUGUUACGUAAAAUAGGUAACCAGAAACGUAAAAUAAUACACCACAGAGAAAAAAGACCUUACAUGUUAGCAGAAGAAGUUGAAUAUCUACCUGAUACUGAAGGAGAGCUUGGGACCCUUAAAGUUAGUGGAUAUUUACGAGGAAUGCCUUUAAAUGUCAAUGGCUUAAUUCAUAUAGCUGGUCUUGGUGAUUUUCAAAUGACAAAAAUAGAAGGUCUUGAUGAUCCACACCCAUUAAAUUUAGGCAGAGAAAAUGCAAAAUCAGAAACAAUGGAUGCAGAAGUAACUAAAACAGUUUUGCAAGUUGUUGAUCCUACAAAACAAGAAAGCUUAAUUUCGGAAAAUGUCCCUGACCCAAUGGAUGCAGAACAGACUUGGCCAACAGAAGAAGAAAUAGAACAGGCAAAUUUGGAUACCAAAAAGAAAAUUAAAAAGGUACCAAAAGGCUGGUCUGAUUACCAGGCAGCUUGGAUUGUUGAGUCCGAUGCUGAGGAGGAUGCUUCUGAUGGCAAUAGCGAAGACGAUGAUGAUGAGGAUAAUGAAGAAUUUAUGUCAUGUGAAGAGGACAAUUCUGAUCAAGAAGGCAAAGAAGAAGAAAACGACUUUCAAUCUGUCACUGAUUCUGAAGUAGGACCUACUGACGAAAAGUAUGAUGCUACCAUAGACACAGUGGAAGAACAUGAAAUGCUUCAAAAGCUAGCAGCUGCAAAAGAAGAUCAACAAUUUCCUGAUGAAGUGGACACCCCACAGGAUAUUCCUGCCAGGGAGCGUUUCAUGAGAUACAGAGGAUUAGAGUCUUUUAGAACAUCGCCAUGGGAUUGUAAAGAAAAUUUACCAGAAGAUUACGCUCGCAUAUUUCAAUUUGAGAAUUAUGAGCGUACAAGAAAAAGAGUAUUUAAGGAAUUAGAGGAUAGUUUAAUAAACAUGUAUGGUUUUUAUAUAACAAUACAUGUUCAAGGCGUGCGUAAAGAUCUCUGGAACGCUUUCCAUUCGUCCAAUGCAAACGCUCCAUUAGCAAUUUUUGGACUCCUUCCUCAUGAGCAUAAAAUGUCUGUUAUGAAUGUGGUAUUGAAACGAACGGGAGCUAGCGAUGAACCGAUAAAAAGCAAGGAGCGGCUUAUUUUCCAAGUUGGUUACAGAAGAUUCAUCGUUAAUCCCAUUUUCAGCCAACACACAAAUGGAACUAAACAUAAGUACGAAAGGUUCUUUCAAUCUGGUUCAACAUGUGUCGCCACUUUCUUCGCUCCCAUUCAGUUCAGUCCAUCGUCAGUCCUCUGUUUUAAGGAAAAGAAGAAUACAAAACUGCAACUUAUAGCAUCAGGAGUCCUCCUUUCUUGCAACCCAGACAGACUUAUCAUCAAGAGAAUUGUUCUCUCUGGACAUCCAUUCAAGGUUCACAGAAGAUCAGCAGUAAUAAGAUUCAUGUUCUUCAAUAGAGACGAUGUAUUGUAUUACAAGCCUUGCAAGCUGAGGACAAAGUAUGGCCGCACUGGUCAUAUCAAGGAGCCAUUAGGUACACACGGGCACAUGAAGUGCGUGUUCGACGACCAAUUGAAAUCUCAAGACACAGUGCUGCUAAAUCUCUAUAAACGCAUGUUCCCUAAAUGGACCUACGAGGAUUGUAUCGCUAUCGAUCGGGAUUGGAAGGAACGCGAUAAUAUGGAGUCAUAA